AGGUGUGUUGGAGAAGAUUCGCACCAUCCAAAUAGUGAAAGGAUAAACCUAAUUUCAUACUGAGAUCCAGAUCAGGGAGUCUGGGUAUCUCUUUACCGGAGCAACUCGCCGAUCUUGUAUUCUGGUAUUCGGAGAGCGCGUAGAUUUCACCAGCGGAAGCUCGCGAUUUUCGUCCAACUGUGAAGGUAUGGCAGGGAAGAAAGGAUUAACGGAGAAGGCGACGGCUUUGCAGAAAGGAAAGCGAGGGCGUGAUGCGAUUGAGAAGGAAGACACUAUGUCAGCUGGAAAAUCUAGAUUGACUGGUCAGAAUGGUAUUAGCGGAAAGCAGGAAGGUUCCUGCCCUGUUGGCAAGAAGAUGAUCCCAUCGGCAGAUGGAUCAUCAUCCAAUUGCCAAAUGGAGAUGGAAGCAGCAAAUAAUGGUGGUCACAUUGAUGGCGCCAUAAUAUCAGCAUGCGAUCCAAAACAAUUCAAACGUGUUGUGAAGGCCCUGUCUAAGGAAAAGAUCAAUGUAAUUGUGGGGAUGGGGUUUGGACCUGUUGAUUCCUUUAGAUGCAGCAAGCUGAACAUGCCACUGUGCCGAAUGUUGAUUGAGAGGUUUGAUGUGUUGGAGCAAACAAUUAACAUACAUGGGCGGCACCUAUCAAUCACGGAGAAAGACUUCAAUCGGCUGAUGGGACUGAGUUGUCGUGGAAUGGAAGUAGAUCUUCAUUGCUCAGAUGUAGAUGAUGUUGUAGCCAAGUUAAAGACAAAGCUCCAUGUGGAAGAUGAUGAUAUAAGCGUUGAUAGGCUGAGGGAUAUUGUGUUGUCCUCACCUGAUGAGGGGGAAAUAUUUAUAGUGAGUUUUGCACUUUACGCACUCUCCAUAAUGUUCUGCCCAUCCCCAACAGGUCACGUAGAUCAACAGCUGCUAAUACCUUUGAGGCACCCACAGGAUAUUAGAAGGAAAAACUGGUCUAGGUUUGCCUAUAAGAAGCUGGUGGAGGGAGUGUUGUCUUAUCAAAGAAGCAAAGGUUCUCAUGUAGCUGGGUGCCUAGUUUUCCUGCAGCUAUUCUACCUAAGUGUACUUGGUGAAAGAACCCUGAUGAUUCCUAGGAUAGAAGGUCCUGUGAGGUCAUUUGGUCGAAAUGAGUGUAAUAGGAUCUACAAAUGGAUCGAAGGGCUCGGGGGAUUCUAUGCAACUGAAGGAAUAUGGGUUACAAAGAGACAUACAACGGUUAGAUCGACAACUAAUUCAGGUUCUCGGGAUUACAGCACCGGGUUGAAAACCAAUUUGGUCGAUGACGUUUCUGAUUUGAAAAGGAACAUGGCUGUGGUAAAAGAUGGGGUAGAGAGAUUGGAAUCAAUUGCGCGGCAGAUGGGUCCAGACGUUGCUUACAUGAGGAAGUCUUUGAUGGAAUUACAUUUUUCUGUUUUGGAGAAAUUUGGUGAAGGUAUGGAGGAUUUUGUUAGUGAUGUCGAGACGGCUGUCCGCUUACACUUUGAAAAGUCUAUAUCUGGAACGCCGGUGGGCUGGGAAAAUGAGACAUCACAUCCCGAAUGUAAUGAAGGGACUGAUACCUUACACAGAGACGGACUGCCUAAGACGAACAUAGAAGUGCCGCAGGAUCAUGUGAAACCUACACCUACAGAGUUAUGUAGUUUUGGUGGGAGUAAGUUUGGAAGCGUAGCCGAUCUAUCUCCGGAAGAUAAGGAUUUGAUGGCGUACCUAUUUAGCUUAAAGUCCCGCAGAGGCGAUAUUUUGGGAAGCAGCAAUGAAAUUGGAAGAUACAGUGGUUUCAGUGUUUCUAUCUGGGACCUCAAGUGCCUGUCUGCCAAAAAUUGUAUCAGCAGUGAGGUUAUAAACUUGAUGGGAGCGUAUUGCUUUGCUAAUACUGAUGACCUCUGGUUUUUGCCGACUUUUUUCUCCGAGCGUGCACAAGAAGCUGUACCGGAAACUCAUGUUGAAUCCCACAUAGCAUCCACCAUUGCCUUAUGCAAUCUACGAAAAUUACAUGGCCAGCUACAUGCUUGUAACAAGAUAUUUAUUCCCAUCAACGAUUCCACACUUGAGCAUUGGUACCUAGCCGUUCUGAACAUUGCAGAAGGUGGAUGUGAGAUAUGGGACAGCAUUCCGGACAUCUCAGUGCGGCAGCGACGAGAGGAAUCUGUUGUGGCCGUGAUUGUUCUCCUACAGCGGCUGUUUGCAAUGGAAUUGCAACAUUAUCCACUUCUUUCUUCAAAACUGGCCUCCUCUAGUAUCAUGUAUCCUGAAAUCAAUCCCACGCAGUCAAACCACAUGGACUCUGGUAUCUUCACAAUUCGGAAUAUGCAGCAUUACAGGGACUGCUGGCAUGAAGGGUUCAACUCUGGUGAUCAAAGGAUUAGGCUUGCACUUGAGAUUGUCAAUGACAAGUCCAACGAGUGCGCAGACAAUGUUCGGGAAUCUGUUAAAUGUUGGAAGAAGGGAUUUUGUUUUGCGCGUGCUGGACCAUCUAGAAGUGGAGAUGCAUCAUUUGGAGAUAAUUGCGACCCCGGUUUAGUCCCGAGCACUAUUAAGUUUAAGCCCCGCCUUCCGCGUCGUUCGUAGUUGCCGAUGCAGCUACUGAUUCCGAUCCCGGUUAAUAAUGUUAGGGAUGGGAGAAGGGAUUGCGAGAGAUGUGAAGGGCUCUAGUAUAAGUGUACUUGUGUCAAACCUAAUGUGUAUUUUCGUUUGUAAUUUAAAUCCGCAUAAAUCGGACAAUGACUUUGACAAUCUGCGCACUAUGCACAAUGAUUUCAAAAUGUAUGCAGUGUCGUGUUUAAAUGUUCAAUUUAUUUAC